UCUUCUUCAAGCUCUGCCCCUUUGGGUACAAACCAGAAACCAAAACCCUAACGACCGCCAUGGAUUUACAAAACGACUUCGAUCGGAUGCUCUUCUUCCAGCACGCCUGUAUGACCUCCGAAGCUGCUCACGCGGUUAACCCUUCCGAUGUUGAUAACUUGACAAGGUGGGCUGGAGCUCUCUUGGAGUUAUCUCAGUUUCAGGGUGCGCAAGAGUCCAAAAUUAUGGUCCGAGAGGCAAUUUCGAAGCUGGAGAAGGUGCUGGAGAUUAAUCCUAAGAAACAUGAUGCUCUUUGGUGUUUGGGAAAUGCACAUACUACUAAUGCCUUUUUGACUCCGGACUCUGAAGAGGCGAAUGGAUAUUUUGAUAUUGCCGUUGAGUGCUUCAAGAAAGCUGUUGCUGAGGAACCGGGAAAUGAUCUCUAUCGGAAGUCUUUGGAAAUGUCUGCUAAGGCCCCGGGAUUGCAUGUGGAAAUCCAUAGCCGUGGUUUUGGUCAGCAGUUGACUGGAACUGCUGAAGGGCCUUCUACUUCCUCUAGUACAAAGGCUGCAAAGAACAAGAAGAACAGUGAUUUCAACUAUGACAUGUUUGGUUGGGUAAUCCUUGCUGUCGGAAUUUGGGCUUGGUUAGGAUUUGCAAAAUCUAAUGUACCUCCCCCACCUCACCAGUGAGCAUAGCAUAUUUGGCCGGUCACAAUCUUUGGCACUCCAGAAGACACUUUGGAGAUUUGUCAUUCAUACAGAUCAUUUAACUUUUACCUAGGAGAUAUUCGCCAAUGUAACUUUUAGAUGAUAGUGUCCGACUUUUCUCUAGUUAAAUAUAUUGGAGAUUGGAGUCAUUGGACAGCUUGUUUUUCCGGAUGUUGGUUUGUCUUUGCCGAUUCAACUUGGUUUCAAUUUUAAUCCCCCUC